UAACCCGGACUAAGGCAAGGAGAGGAACCCGAGGGUGUGUGUGUGUGUUAGUGUUUACAGCCUGCAGUGGCCGUCACUCCUGCCUCUAUUAGAUGUGUCCUGCAGCCCAGAGGAUACCCCUACUGCCCCCACCAUGACCAUACCGAUCGAGGCCCUCUACACCAACAGCAGGUUUCCGAGUGGUCCCAGCCUCUUCUUCCUGCUGCUCUACACACCGCUGGGCAUUGUCAUCUUCAUCAUACGACUAUUUAUAUCUCUGCAGCUAUUUUUGGCAGCUGCAGUUCUGCCCCAUAAUACAGUAGUAAGAAGUGUUGUGCUGCGUGUCCUCUACUCUGUGAUGGGCUUGGUGGUCCGGGAAGAAUGUCGAAAAAAUAGAGAUGAUACCUGUCGCGUCAUUGGCACUAACCACAUCACACCAUUUGAUCACCUUGCAGUCUCCAUCGUUCUUCCUUGUGUGACUCCAAGUGUGUAUGACCUGCCUGGAGCACUGUCAUCCCUGCUCUGCUACCAGGACCUGGGAGUGACUCAAGGCAGGGAGAUUCUCAGAGCCAAUGCUCGAAAUUACCUCUCAAACCCAAACAACCCUCCCCUGCUGCUUCAUCCUGAGGGUGCCACCACCAGCGGCAAGCUUGCUCUCAUGAAAUAUGGAUCUUGGGCCCUGGAAUUGAAUGGGUCAGUGCUGGUGGCCGGUAUUCGAGUGCGGCGCCUUCCCAUCCUGCCUGUGGCCCCAUCUGUGCUGGGAGCUUCCUGGGCUGCUGAUCUGUGCUUCAUGCUGUUUUCACCAGUGACUUUGUUCACCAUCAAAUAUGUCGGAAAAAUGAGUCGCAAGGAAAGUGAGAGUGCAGAGGAAUUUGGUGUCCGUGUCCAGGCAGCUACAGCAUCUGCCCUUCAACUCCACACCAGUAAUCACACUGUGGCAGAUAAGGUGGAGUACAUGAAGCGGUUGGCCCGGGAGGCGGCUGCUGCCUCCAAUCCCAUGCUGAGCCCUCAGGUGCACCGCAUGGCCCAGCAAGUGCAGGAGGUUCUCCCUCACAUCUCCCUUGACCGGAUCAAGAGGGAUUUAGUCCACACUCAGAAUGUUGACUUGACAAUCACAAACUUCCUGGAGGGUAAUGUGCCAGAGCCAGUACCUGAGCCCCAACCAGCCCCCUCAAGGGUGGAUCCUGCCAGAGUAAGUCCCCAGUCAUCUGAUUUGAGGUCUUCCUCACCCACUGCUACCCCCCUACCCUCAGCCUCUGCUGAGGUAAAAAGUACUGUUGACAGAGGGGAAGCAUCAGAUCGAAGAUUGCAUUCAGCAGUGUCAAUGAGUACAGCAGCAAAGUCCUUUGGUAAGUCUGCAUCGGAGAGAAUGACUUCCUUUGAAACUAGAAAAGCACAGCUGAUAGAAAAUGCAAGGAGAAGAUAUAUUGAGAAACAUGGCCUCACAGUGCCAGGCUACAAUUGCUGACAGUUUUUGCAAUAAUUAUUCUCUCCAUUGUGUGGAGUUUGUGUUAGAUAACAUUAUCACUUAUAGGAGCUCUUAGUCAGAGCUUGGUGGCUGUACAGUAGAUUUCUUUGUUUAUAAAGGAAAUUAUCAAGUUAAGGGCAGUAAAUGGAUCACAUUUUGUUGCAUACCAUUGGCUCUUCUUGGGGACUGUUCAGUAAUUCUUACAGAAUAUUUUGGAGAAAGUUUAUGAUCAGCUCAACAAAUUACUGAAUGGCUGUUGAAGGUUAAAGAUUCUGAAGGUACAGUUUUCCUUACAAUUUCCUUCCUUUCUAUGAAUAAAUAUCAAUCAAAAUAAAUGGAAGGCUAUUUUGCAUUGGUUGAGACCAUUGAAGGUGAAGUUGGCAGCUGUAUUUUAGUGUUGGAUGAAAACUGUAAAAAUCAGGUUGAUUUUUCCUUUUUAUUUCCUUCACUUUAAUUUCAAACAUGAAUACUUAAACAAUGCAUGUUUGCAUUAUGCACCUGUUGCCUUUCUUCUCUUAAAUGGUUUUCUUUCAGAUUUUUAAGUAUAUAAAUAAUUUGUGUGAAGUAUUACAAGAUUACUGUGUCUGCAUUAACCUGUUCCCUGUCAGUCCUGCUGCUACCCCAUGCUGCAGCACUGGUCUUGUGUUUCCUGACCUGUUACUUGCUUGUUAACAUUGAGUAAGUUGCUUUGCCAGGCUGCAGUCAUUGCCAGAAGGAAACUGGUAUUUAUAAGAAUAUGACAAUUUGAGGUAUUUUCCUUAUACUCAGCUUAGCAUGAUUCCUGUUUUCUUGGAUCUGGAGUCUUUCUUCACACAGUGCAGGGAGUGGGGAUUACUCUGUUGUUAUUAUUAUUAUUAUUAUUAUUAUUAUUAUUAUUAUUAUUAUUAUUAUUAUUAUUAUUCUGAUUACUAUUAUUAUGAUUAUGAGUAUUGUUAUUAUUAUUUUUUUUAUUAUUAUUAUUAUUAUUAUUAUUAUUAUUAUUAUUAUUAUUAUUAUUAUUGUUAUUAUUAUUAUAAUAUCUAGCUUGAAUGUAUUGCCAUUGUGUGUUCACUUUGUUUGAUUAAUAAUCCUCAAAUGCUAUUAUAAGACAAGUCCUACAAUGUAUUUGAAAAGCAAUAUCAUGAAGUAUUGAAAUAAACUCACUUUUGUUUGUUGAUAACUACAGCAGUACCAUGUAUCAUUGAUGGUAUUCCUUGAAGUGAUUCAGUAGUAUAAUGCAAGGCAGACUUUGGAUAAUGUUCCAGGGAAACACACAUUCUAAGAUAGGCUUUGAACACUUCUGGGGAAGAUGCCCAUUACAUGAUUUUUUGUUGAUUUUUUUUUAAAGCUGUACUUGGUGAAACAAGAUGUUGAUGCCAUAGCCUACCUGAGUACGGCAGUGACCCACAGGUGCACAAUGACUGGGCCCAUUGUGCCAAUUGUGAUUGUGCAAAAUAUUGUGCAUAUGUAUUUUGCCUAUCUUGUUAAGCAUAGUUAGUAUAAUAGGUAGCUUUACAGAAUUACACUCAUCUCACAUGGGUGGAUGAAACUUUUGCUUUUUUUGUUUUAUGGUAAGUAAAAUGAUGAAUUUGAUUGUUAUACAUGUAUUGAUUGUUUUACAUGUAAUUACUGUCACAGCUUAUCUUUUUUAGCCAGUCUAAUCUAGGUAAUUGUCAUGUACAGCCUCUUAACUUACCUUUUGAAAUAAGUUACUGAAGUGACAGUAAUGACACACAUAACAAUGAAGCAUGUAUAGUGAUGAUGACCAGAAGAUGUCAACUUGUCAGCCUAAGUGGGACGUGUGUAAUAUUGUAACAGUACCUGGUAGUAUUUAUGGAGAUUUCACUUUCCCUGGGUAUGCAGAGGUGGGGUUCAGAUCAUUAUAUAGUGACACCUUCAAUGUGUGUUCACACCAGCAGUUUUCUACAACCACAACCACAGCUGUGCUCACUCACUCCAGCCACAAUGACAAGGUGCUCCAGUGUUCAUGCUGCACAAUACUCCUCACUCUCAUGGUGUCCUAGCUAGUGUGAUAUUACAGUACUUUUCAUUACUUAUUUAGAGUAAGCAGUAAUUGUGUGGUCAUGAGUGAUUUAUUCUAAGUAACAUUGAGUACAAAUUACAAGUAAAUAAGAGGUAUUAUAGGAUCAAGUGAACUCUAUUAAAAGUAGUGGUACAUGUUAUAAAUUCACUGUUAUUUUACUACAUCUUUUUUGUGUGGUAAUGAAUUUACAGUAUGAACAAUAUUCAGAACUCUAUUGGAAGGAAAAGAAAUACUUGUACAGUGCCAGACUAUUGUCUCACUGUGCAGUAUCUUGUCAUGUCCCUUAAAUAAUCUUAUCUUUGGAUCCCACUGCUCUUGAAUCAUAUCUAGACAAGUGUUGUACCCAGCUACAGCCUCUACUGGAUAAAGUAAUCAUGAUAAUCACAACAUAAAUCCAUGUUAUCUGGUAUUGUGGUUACAGUUGUUCCAAUAUGCUUCUUGAGGUGGUUGUCUGUGUUAUGGAUAUGUGUCAUCUCAGUUACUGAUCAGCAUCCAGCUGUGGCAAGUGAAUGCAUGCCUGAGGAGAGUGGUUGGGACUGAAGCCCUCUGAUCCAGUAAACUCUAAGCUGGAGUGACACUGUUUGUGCCAUAAGUUUGACACCUAAGACUUAAUAAGAGUUUGUUGACUCAUUGUCUUGUGCAAGUACACAGUUUUACCUUUCCUUGCAUUCACCUUCUGGAGUUUAAUAUUACUUAGUAAUAUAACUCAAGAGCCACAGAAUUUGGUUUGAGAACAUGUGCUUAUGUUCUAAUUCUCACUUUGCCUCUUUUUCCAUUUUCACGUCUUUAACAUCCUACAGUACUUCAUAGGGAGCAUCACUACUGCCAACCUCUGUAAUAACAGGUCUUGAAACACUGACAAGUUGUUCUGGAGCCAGCAAUGAGAGAAAUAGACAUGCAGGAUGGUUAGGAUUGGAACCACUGGUCCAGCAUCCACCAGAUAUGGAUGACAUGAAUGAUCCCCAGUGACCCAAAUAGAACUUGCUGGCAUGUCGUCUUGCUGUGUCGGUACAAAACUGCCCGUGUGAAUCCACCUUGACACAUUUCAUCUGGGAGUCUUAUGGUAUAGCUUCACUGUCAUUAGUCACCCAAUGUGUGCUGGUGUUUGGUGAUUCUCUCAUGUCAGAUUUUUGAUGGACAGUACAAUAGCAUCCUUUCCAUAUACAUCUUUUUUAUAAAUGCUUAUGACUUCAAAGGUACCUAUACAUGUACUACACUUAAAAUUUGCAUGUGUAAUGUACAUAACUGUAUAGUAAGUCAUUAAGAUCUGUUACUGAGUUCACUUUGGUAUCUUCGGGAUUCUCAUAACAUAAUAAUUCAUCAUGAUUAAGUUUUGCACUACAUAGCAAGUCUCCAGCAUUGGUGGCCUGUGAAAUGGAUGGCUGCUCACUCUCAGCAUCAUGUGUGUUGUCAUUUCUAAACGAAAGUACAGUACAUAGAGUUACAACACUUGUAUGUAUAUCUUGUGUGAUUGUGAUAUUAGAUGUCUUCCCAGAUUUCCUUUAGAUCCACCAUAGAAGAAAAACAGUUUCCUUUUCAGAUUUUAUACAGUUUAAAUUUAAACAGUACUGAUGCAUAGUGUCUUGCGUAACAUUUCAGUAGUUUUCUUUCUCUAGAACAAAACAGAUGUAUGACAAUUCUGAUCCUAGUUUAUUAGUCUAAAAAGAUGCAAGUCUGUUUGAAAUCUGCAGCAAGUAAGAAGUAUUUCCAGUAAUUCCUCAUCAUUGUCUUUAAAAGAGUUCCAAAUGGUACAGGGGCAAGGGAGACUAUGUCCUUGCCAUUGUGUGGUAGAUCUUUCCCAUUCAUAGAAAAGGACUGGUAUGUUUAUAUAAAGGACAGUGAAAAUUUAUUCCUAAGGAGGUGUUUGCCACUUUUGUUGAAUGUUGAACCUAAAAACCUGUUACUUGAUCAAAACACUAAUUUUUACUAUUUGCAGCAUACUUUAGUACCUUCCUGUAACACAUGUUAGCACUGUAAACACAUAGUACUGUUAUAAUGAAAAGUUAUGGUUGCUGGGCAUAAGUCGUCCAUGUUGAAUGUAAACCCAAAUACAGAACAUUAAAGCUAAAAAUUUCA